AGUUUGACGAAAUCAGCCACGCCCUCUCCGCUGUUUGAGUCCAGAAGACGUCGGCGCAGCUCAGAGCCGCAUAGCAGGCAUUAUUGUUCAUCUCAUCUGAAGGAUUUAGCGUUUUCUAAUAUGGUUUGUGGCGGUUUCACCUGUUCGAAAAACGCCCUCUGCUCCCUGAAUGUUGUUUACAUGCUGGUUGGGCUGCUGCUCAUUGGAGUGGCAGUCUGGGGGAAAGGCUUCGGCUUGGUGUCCAGCAUCCACAUCAUCGGAGGCGUCAUAGCGGUGGGCGUCUUCCUGCUGCUCAUCGCCAUCGUUGGCCUCGUCGGAGCCAUCCACCACCACCAAGUCAUGCUUUUCUUUUACAUGGUCAUCCUCUUCAUCGUUUUCCUCUUCCAGUUUGGAGUUUCCUGUUCCUGCUUGGCGAUGAACCGCGGACAGCAGGUGGUUCUUCUGAACUCCACCUGGGGGAUGUUGAACAAUAAAACCAAGAUAAACCUGGAGGACCAACUGGACUGCUGCGGCCUGCUGAACGUCUCCAACAGCCGCUCACAGUUUGACGAGGACGUGAGAAACUGUAAAGCUCCAUGCACAGCUAGAGGAGGCUGUCUGAGCUGCGGGGAUAAGAUGCUGAAUCAUGCAACAGAAGUUCUGAAGAUCCUCGGGGGCGUCGGACUUUUCUUCAGCUUCUCGGAGAUCCUCGGCGUGUGGCUCGCCGUGCGCUACCGGAACCAGAAGGAUCCUCGAGCAAACCCGAGUGCUUUCCUAUAGUCUGCCUCUCGCGUCCCGCAGCAGGCACUUGUUUUCCCUGCAGACACACUGGUACAACACACACACACACACACACACAGAGAAAAUGUACGAGCGCACAACCCACUCAGAACUGGACACUCGUGCAUGAACGGAUGACUGGUAACGCUGGUGAGUCUUACUGGUUCAGCCUUGAUUUGAGUCCCAGACGUCCUGCAUGUCCCCCCCUGAGUCCCAACCAACACACUCACACACACACACACACACACACACACACACACACACACACACACACACACCAACCAACGACUCCAUCAUUAAUAGCCUGUGUGCACCUUGAAACGUUCCUCCUGUCUCUUGCGUAGUAACAGCUAACGUUCCCCUGUCGGUGAAAUGCACCAAACGAUGCGACGGGGAAAACGAGGCAUUGAAGCGGUGAUGUAAAGUAGUGUAAUUAUUUUACUCCCCAAACACGUCGGCGGGGAGCCUAGCAGGUAGAGUUUUAGGUAGCAGUUGCUCGUCCCUUGGAUUAGUUUCAGAUGUUUGUGAACUGUAACUGAGCCAGCUAACUUUCAGUCAGCGACAUUCACAUGCCACAGACUGCAGCCUUCAUGUUGUACAUAUAUUCUUAUUUAAGAUACUGAAACGCUCGGUGGAUCGGCAGAAGAAGUCGCGUCUCUGUGUUUGAGCGGCGGCGUGUAGUUUAGAUCCUGCCGCCGCUGCAGCCGUAGGAAAUCACAGCGAAAACGGUUUCAUGUCGUUUAUUUCAGGAAAAUAAAAAAAGGUAUUUUAGCCAAAGUGGCUUUUUUUCGAUGGAGAGUAAAGAGUUCCAAAUUACAAUGAAUAAAUACAUUUAUUAUUAUUAUUAACAACAAAAUUAUAUUGACGUUAUUAUUUUUAAUGACAAUAUUAACAACUGUGACAAAAUGCUGAUAAAAUCAAUGAACAUUCAAAAUAUGAAAAGGACAAAAUAGAUCAAUAAAACAGAAAUGAGUAAUAGCGAAAAAAUUUACAAUAAUAAUGGUAUUAACAACACUGUUGCUGCUAACAGCAAUAAUAAUAAUUGUUAUAGCAAUAACUGUUAUUGCUGUAACAGUAAUAGUUAAUAUUACUCUUAAUGACAAUAUUAAUAAAAAUAUUAUUAAGAGUAAUAUGCUGUUACCUAUGAUAUAUUUAAUACUACUACCAUUAUUAAUAAUAAUAAAUGGAAACAAUUAUUAAAAUGUUCAUUUUUAAAAAUUGAAAAUAAAAACAGGAAUUGAUUUAAUGUGCCACAAGUAAUUGUAUUGAUUUUAUUUUAAAAACUAUAUCGAAUUAUGUCAUGUUCUUCUUCUGAUCAUGAUUUAAAUUAAAACUAAAUUUCAUUAAACUUAAAUUAAAUCCUGAUGUUUGAUUGGCUAAAUGGUCAAGACAACUUCUUCAAGGUUUGCUAUCAUUCUGGGUCAAUAUUGUCAAUGGAAAGUGAAUAAAUAACUUCAAUAAAUUAUUUGCUAAAAACCUUCUGGAUGAGCAUCUCCAGCCUUUAUUUCCCUCAUUUGCUCUGAAAUAAGUUAAAAGAGAGGAGCACUAGCUGGUGUUAGCGGCGCUAACUUGUGUAGCGCCAUCACAAUGAGGCGUUUGGUGAAAUUAUUAGCGAUAUUUAAGCCCAAACUAGAAAUAUAGAGGCUGGAGUUGCUCACCCAGAGUUUGUAGUACCGUAUUUUUCGGACUAUAAGUCGCUACUUUUUUCCCACGUUUUGAACCUUGCGGUUUAUAACCCGGUGCGGCUUUUCUGUGGAUUUUUCUUCAGCCACUAGGGGGCUCUUUAGCAGGAAGUGAAUCAUUGGAAGUCAAAAUUGGAAAUCAAAGAAGAAAGUGAUCAUUUUUAUUUAGAACAAGUACAUGCUAGCAGCAGACACAACGGAGAAAUUUCUUCAAACUCCUAUGAUGCAGCUUUUAAGUUGAGGGCUGUCGAUCCGGCAGUAGAGGAAGGAAAAAGAGCCGCUGCUCUAAACUCAGCGUGAACAAAACCAUGGUUCAGAGUUGGAGACGGAUUAGGGACACUGCUCUCUGCUGCCCCCUUAUGGAAAAUCGAGAGCGGUGGAGAUACCAGUACGUUUCCAUUUUUUUUUCAAAAAAUUGUAGGUGCGGCUUAUAGUAUGGUGCGCUCCAUAAUCUAGAAAAUACGGUAAAUAAAUUACAACACUUUAUGGAAAGUAUUUCUGCAUUUCAGUGUAAAUGUUGUUUCAGUCAAAACAAACGUACAGGAAGUUGUUUUAACUGGCUGGUUGAAGCAGCCAAUCAGAUGCCAGGGUCUCAUCUAAUCCCGCCCACUGAGUUUCACAAAUGAAACAAAGUAAAUUUUAAAUAAUUUAAAAUAGAUGUAAUUGAGACACAAAUCUGUAUUUAUGCCCAGUUUUAAGACUAGUGACAAAUGUAAGUAUUUAUUUCACAGUUUAUUAUAAUUUGGCACUCUUCACUCUCCAUAUUUUGCUAAUCUUUUUCUUUUAUUGUGUUAAUUGUGAUAAUGUGCUCCUUGUUGCUAUUUUAAAACCCUCAAAAAAACAACUAUUGUUUUUUUGUUGUUGUUCUGUUUCCAUCAGUCUUUGUAUUAAUCAGUGUUAGAUGCUUUGUAAAAAUAUGCGAAUAAUGCCUGUUGGAUAUUUUUAGAAUCUAUUUAAGUUUAGUGCACAUUAAGCAAAUGUUGUUAUAAUUUUCCUCGGUAUGUGACAUUUCCUGCUCAUGUGUUUUUAUUAUUAUUUUUGAUUUUAACUUAAAGGACUAAUGCGAACUGUAAUGAAAUGUCUUACUUGAACCUGUCAUCUUUGCUGAUGUGGAUUUCUUGCUGCUGAUUUGGAGUUGGUGUAAAUGUUAUGACAGAACCUAAUGCCAUAUAUUACAUGUAUCCACUUUGAAUUUAUGUGCACUUGUUAUUGAAAUGUAUGAAUUUUUGAGACUUAAUUUUCCAAAUAAUAAAACUUUAAACUGGAAAAACUG